AUGGUCAUCCGUUUCUUCAAGAGAGAAGAAAAAAGAAUGUUCAUCUGUGGAACCACCCGGGUGCGGGUCGCCACUGGGCGGCGACUUAGGGGUCGUGCCCUUCGUGGGUCACGACCAUAUUCAGAUGAUGCCUAUUAUGAAAAAAAGGAAAUUCAACAAAGGAUGAAAUGGAUUGCACAUUUUUAUAAUCAGAGUGUCAUUGAUCAGGCGGUCAAUAAGUCUAAGUAUGGAAUAUCAAAAAAUAAAAAAAAUCUUAUAUCUCUCUCCCUCUAUAUCUCUCUCCCUCUAUAUCUCUCUCCCUCUAUAUCUCUCUCUCUCUAUAUCUAUCUCUCUCUAUAUCUAUCUCUCUCUAUAUCUAUCUCUCUCUAUAUCUAUCUCUCUCUAUAUCUAUCUCUCUCUAUAUCUAUCUCUCUCUAUAUCUAUCUCUCUCUAUAUCUAUCUAUCUCUCUAUAUCUAUCUAUCUAUUAUCUAUUCUCUCUAUCUAUCUAUCUCUCUCUAAUUCUAUCUAUCUCUCUAUAUAUCUAUCUAUCUAUCUCUCUAUAUUCAUCUAUCUCUCUAUAUCUAUCUAUCUAUCUCUCUCUAUAUCUAUCUAUCUCUCUCUCUAUAUCUAUCUAUCUCUCUCUCUAUAUCUAUCUAUCUAUCUCUCUCUAUAUCUAUCUAUCUAUCUCUCUCUAUAUCUAUCUAUCUAUCUCUAUAUCUAUCUAUCUAUCUAUCUCUCUCUAUAUCUAUCUAUCUAUCUAUAUCUCUAUAUAA